AUGAUAGCAGCGGCGGCGGCGGCAGCAGCAGCGGUGGCAACAGAAGCAGUGGCACUAGCUCUGGUGGCGGCUGUGGUGGCUAUAAAUGAAAGUGUUCAGAAGCUGGAAGAGAAGGUAAAGAGCAUUGAUGAAAAAGUAUCAAAACUCCAGACUCAUCGUACCAGAGAAUUUUGGACAGCAACUGUUCAACCUUACAAGCCAGAAAAGACUACCGAGAACACUGAGGUCACCCAGAACCCUGAGAACCAGGAGGACCAGAACAUCCUGGAGACUCCUGAGAACCCUGAGCCAAUAGCAUCAAUAUCUUAUCAUUCUGAGGCUUCCCAGGAUGCAUAUCCUGAAUCUCCACAGUCAGGCUCAGAUUCCGCUCAAGUAUAUAAUGCUUAUGAAGACCAAGCUUAUGAUGAGUAUUUAGAAUCUGAUGACGCCGGGGCUGGCACUUCUGCAGAGCCCUACUACUCUCAGGAUCUUGACAUGGCUGCAGAUGAUGCUAGUAUUUAUCGAGAAGAUCCAGGGGAGCUUGGCCCCACACAGAAUAUUGAAACAAGGAGACAGGCCUCACCGGAGCCUCAGUAUUCAUCUUCUGACCCAGUUGCUGAAAACGAAGAUAUAGUAUUCCAAUGCAAUCUUGCUGUUAUGGAACAACUAUACAUUGGUGACCCUACAACCUGGACCGUGGGAGAUGUGCUACAGUUUCUGUACAGUGUUGAUGCUCCAAUGGCUGAUUACCUCUUCAACUUUAUCAGCCGUCAUGAUAUUGAUGGUAAUGCGCUACUGCGGCUUACUACUGAGAGACUGGUCAGAAUUAUGGGGUUGAAUCUGGGAGUAGCCAGGAAACUCUGUGUCUACAUUGACCAUCUUAAAGACAUUAUCCGGCUGUACCAGUGA